CACUUGACAGCGUCAGUCGGACAGAUUUCGAGUUGAAGUCCACAGCAAGCUGCGAACUGUCCGCUUCUCUUCCGUCCGAACUUGGUGCGCUGGUCCACGCUGCCUCGGCGGGUCGGGUGGGUGUGUGGAUCCGGCCCACAGCUCGCGGCUUGAGCGCUGAAAAAGAGGGAAAAGUUGAAGAUGAGUUCUGCGUGAAGCGGCGGGGCAGGAAUGGCAGUCUGGACCAGAGCGGAUAAAAACGGCCAGCUGGACCUUCUGCUGCGGGACCGCUGGAUCCGAGUGGCCGCCGAACUCACGCGGGAGACGCUGACUCUGACGGCGGAGGCGGAGGCGGCGGGGCCGGGGGGCAGCCACUGGGACUACAGCGGCUCCGCGGGCCUGCGCAAUGGCAUGUCGAACGGAAACGAGCCGAGUUUGGGGAACUCGGGUCGCGCGCAGGACCACUUUCAGAACCAGAACCACGGCGUCCGGGGGCGCAGCAGCAGCCCGGGGCGCGGGGGAGUGAGCUUCGGGCUCAACAGCCCCGGGAAGUACCCAAAUAACGGCUCCAACUCGGACUUCGGAAGCCCGGGCUCCAGCUACGGCAGCCCCGGCUCCAGUUUCGGCUCCAGGCAGGGAGACGUUCCCGUCCUCCGCUCGGAGGGGUCCUCGGAGGCGGUGCGGAAGGUUCGAGUGGUGAAGCAGGAGUCUGGCGGGCUCGGGAUCAGUAUCAAGGGCGGCCGAGAGAACCGGAUGCCCAUCCUCAUCUCCAAGAUCUUCCCGGGACUGGCGGCGGACCAGAGUCGCGCGCUCCGAGUGGGAGACGCCAUCCUGUCGGUGAACGGCAACGACCUCCGGGAGGCGACGCACGACCUGGCGGUUCAGGCGCUUAAGAAGGCGGGGAAGGAGGUGACGCUGGAGGUGAAGUACAUCCGCGAGGUCUCCCCGCUCUUCAAGAAGCCGUCCCUGGUGGCCGACCUGCCGUGGGACGGCGUCCGCCCGCAGUCGCCCAGCUACAGUGGCAGCGACGACUCGGGCUCUCCCAAUCACGGCGGCUCAUCCAAGGACAGGAAGGUCAUCGGUCUGAAGAUGUGCUUCAUCAGCAGGAACCUCACCAUGCCGGACCUGGAGAACAGGCUGCUGGAGCUUCACUCGCCAGACGGCCAGCACACGGUGGUGCUGCGUUGCAAAGACGGUCCCAGCGCCAACUCGUGGUUCACCGCCAUCCACACCAACAUCGCCGCCCUGCUGCCACAGACGCUGGCUCACAUCAACGCCUACCUGGGGGCCUCGGCGUCGGCGCAGCCGCACCUCAAGCACAUCGGCUGGAUGGCGGAACAGGUCCAGCUGGAAGGAGGCCGGCAGCAGCACAGGCCCGUCGUCAUGGCGCUGACGGAGAAGGACAUUCUACUGUUCGAGUCGGUGCCGUGGAGCCGGGAGACCUGGUCCGUGCCACUGCUCACACACCCGCUGCUCGCGACCAGACUGGUCCACUCGGGCAGCGCUCGCGGCUCCCCGGCGCAGGGAUCCGACCUGAUGUUUGCCACUCGGACCGGGACGGGGCGAGGAAUCGAGUCGCACAUCUUCAGGGUGGAGACUCACUGGGACUUGUCCUCGUGGACGCGAGCUCUGGUGCAGGGAGCUCACGCCGCCGCAGAGCUGAUCAAGGAGGUCUCCAUCGGCUGCACGCUGAACCGACAGGACGUCCGGCUGACGCUGCACUACGAGAAAGGCUUCACCGUGAGCCGCGAGCCGGCGGAGCCACCCGGGGGCGCAGUUCUCUUCAGAUACCCGUACGAGAAGCUGAAAAUGUCAGCGGAUGACGGGAUACGCAACCUUUAUUUGGACUUUGGGGGUCCGGAGGGAGAGAUGGUGUUCGACCUGCACUCGGGUCCCAAGCCCGUGGUCUUCGUCCUGCACUCCUUCCUGUCGGCCAAGCUCACGCGGAUGGGUCUGCUGACGUGAGCUCGGGGGGGAGGGGCUACACUCCUGCCGGAACAAGGGCUGGAUGUUUGCUUUCGUUCCUGCUUGUCUGUUUUCACAAGCACGGGUCGAGGUGGCGCCCCCCGCUGACUGUCGGGACCACGUGCCUUUUAUUCUUCACCUUCAUUGUAUUUUUUGUUUUUACAUCUGGGCCAAAAUAGACUUAAAGAGAUGCAUAAGAUUCACAACAUGGCAUUGUGUGACUGCAUGAAAACAGGUAACAACACUGCAUUAUGUCAUGACCUGACAGGGCUGGUUGGAUGCUCAGAUGAGACGGUGAUGCCACAUACAAGCACGCAGCUGCUGAAUCAUGAAAUACAUGCAACUGUAGGAGGAACCAAAUGUGUUAUUACAUAAAUGCACGACUUGUGUUGAAACAAAACACAACAUGUUGUACAUGAUGAAUGAUUCAAGCAGUGCCAUGACCGCUGACGUGUUAUUACACAGUAAUAAUCGUGGCGUUGAGCCUGGAGUCAUUACUUAAUGCAGUGUUUUUACUUUAUAAGAUGUUAAGUGUGAGUUAUUACAUGUCGUCACGUGUGUUAUUACACAAUGCCAGUGUGUUAUUACAUGUCGUUACAGUAGAUUGCUGUGUAAGUGCAACUCUUCUUUUGUGAUAACAAAACACUGCCAUAUUGCAAAGUGUUUUUGACAAAGUCCUUCCCGGUGAGAUCCAGGACCCCCCACGACGGUUUGGUUCACGUGUGAGCGCCGGCUUCGUGGGUGUGUUGUGUCCACGAUUCUCCUUAUGGUGACGCUCUGUUGCCGCCAGGACGCCGACUGUGCCUUCUGACUGAAUCUAAAGCUUCCGCGUGCCCACAACCCAUAUUGUUGUUACUGAUGUUGCGAGGAUCUGUCCAAGCCUGCUGCCCUGCGACCUUUGCAGGCUCUUGUUGUGAUCCUCUAGCUUGAUACGUUCCGAGUUACAUGAGUUCAGCGUGACUGUGAUUCAGUUCACGGACCCGUCAGUCGAGUGUGUGUGUGUGAGUGUGUGUAAAAUGACCCCUGAGUGGAGCCUCUGUGUCCGUUUGGACUGCAGACAAUGAAGCGCUGUGUCCACUCCACUCACAACAGCAGGUCUCACUCUUUGUCCUCCGAUAAGAAACGCAGCUCCUGCUGAUGUCGCCACCGCCGCCGAGGCUUUAACUCCCCUGUUGUUCGUGCGACUGUAAAUACCCAUCGCGUCCUUCUCAUGCAGUAUAUUCUCAGACUAGAGCCUGUGUUGAUGAUGCCUUUAUACUGCUCUACAAACCCCAGCUACAGCUGCGCACCGCGAGACACUUGCAGAGUGAAGUUCUGAAGCUGAUCUGCAAUACAUUUCAACACGUGUCCUAACCAAUCAGAUCCCUGGGACCAAAUACCACACACACCUUUGAUUCCUGCUCUAUUCCUCCACACAUUCCUCUUUAUAACCUUUGUAUCACGUUCCCCAUUAAACCAGAAGAAAUUUAUUCCAUGUUGCCUUCAGGGCUUAUAGCACCAAAUGAAUGUGUUGCUUCAUGCGGAGAGUCAAACAGAUCUAACUGGUUAUUAUUGUUUAUGAGGUAAUAACAUUACAUUUAUCACAUGGCAUCACAUUUUGCCAUGUGUUUUUUACUUGGUAUUAUUUUAAAGCAACAAGAUAGGAGACAAAAAACAAAAAAUUGGGUUAAAAAUAUAUUGUUUUUUUAUAUUUAAAUUUGAAUGACACAGAAUUUAACACCAGCUUAAUGUUGAAUCUUGAAAAUGUAUAAUUUCUUUCAGUGCCACACUACUGGCAGGAAAAUAAAGUAUAUAUAUAUAUAUAUAUAUAUAUAUAUAUAUAUAUAUAUAGUUUUAAGUAACGAUUUUAAUAUUUAAAUUACACUAUACAUUGAACAAUAGAAAGUCUUUCUAAAGAUUGAUUUGUAAGAUUCAGGAAUAUUUCAUGUGAAGUUCAAAGCUUUGUUCAGUGACCUCUGGGAUUCAGUCGAAGGGCCACAUGUGGCCCCCGGGCCGCACUGUUCCGGCUGUCCUGUCUGUCAGAGAUUCAGCCAGUGAACACAGAUUGUCUCUCCCGCGGGCCGAUCGCGUUCGCUCCCCUGUGUGUUCAGGUGACCGUCCGAGAGUGAGGCAGGUCUGUCAGCUUUAUAAAGGCGUCAUCGCUUCUCUGACUCCCACCACAGACACCAACUGCCUAAUCAACCGUGUCUGACUUGAUGCACUAACGAACGAACCUCUUUCUACUUGUGAAUGUACAACACCUCCUUUUUUUAAGCUUGUGUUUAUUUUUCUAUGCAAAUCGAGGCUUUAAUAUCGUGGGGUUUCAAACCAAAGGAAUUUCCGUGGCAGCUUGCGUCCCACACAAUCGUUAAACUGAAACCUUAGAGUUGCAGAGCUGCUGAGAUCAACUGUCAUAUGCAAAGUAUUUUAGACCUUCAGUUACAGUCCAUGCACCACAGCGAUGGUAGACAUGUAAAUACCUUAUAAUAAAAUCAGUUACCAACGAA